AUGAGCUAUGGAAAGGAUUUUGUGGAAACUCUUAAAAAAGUGGGAUAUCCAAAGGCUGAUGAGCUUAAUGGAGAAGAUUUUGACUGGAUGUUUGAGUCUCCAGAAGGCAAAUCAAUUUUGGAGUGGUUUUGUGGAAACAUAAAUGUGCAGAACGUGGUAUCUGAAGAAGAACUGCAAGAUUUUGAUAAUCUUCUCCAGCAAGGUAGGGCUGUUUUGGAAGGAAAUGCACUGGAUGAAGUCCUUAAAACCUUGGAGCCCGCAGGUUCGAUGAACAGCAGCCAAGAGGAGGACGAGGAGGAAGUGAAGAAAUUAGAGGAUGAACUUCAGACUCUUCAGGAGUUAAAAACCCUUCAAAUUCAUCGGCAUAAUAAGCUCCAGCAGCUGAUUGCUACAAACAGCCACUUGUUACAGACGAUCCAAGGCAGAGAGGAAGAAGCACGGAAGGAACGGAAAGAAGGCCUGGAAGUGUUCACUGCAGCAAAUAAUAAGCUUGACAAUGAACUGCAGUCUCUUAUAGCUGCAGUGAAGGAAUUUGCCUCUUUCUUCACUGCUUCAGGUUCAGAACAAGGGUCAGAUGCACGUGCACUGUUUUUUUCCCAAAUUUCUUUGGACAGAUAUUUGUCUGUGGAAGAACAAAGCACUGCAGCACUUACUUCACACUUAAAAAAGCUUUUUUAUGAAGGUAUGCCUAAACGUGCUGAAAAUUCACAUGCAGACAUCUUUCAACUUGAAGAUUUAAUCGAGCAAGUCCCUUUUGAUGAGGCCAAUGAAAUGUGUGAAGAGAGGCAAGAGAUAGCCAGGCUCCAGGCAGCAUAUAUUUGUGCUCAGCACCAGCUCAUUCAGCUGCAGGCUGAAGAGGAGGGCAUGAAUUCAGCUAUCAAGUGUGCAGAGAGCCUGCUGCAGCCCUUGGGCAAGGAUACUGGACAACAGGAAAAUAUUGAUGCUAAAACAUCUAGUUUAAAUGCUGAAAUUUCAGCAAUUAAACAAGAUAUAGCUCAGAUAAAUAAUGAAGAGCUGCUUCCCCUUCUUAAGAAGAAAGCACAACUUCUGAGUGCACCAGUGCUGAAAGAAUACUUAGAUCGCCAAAUUGCUCGGCUGGACUGUUAUGCUGCAAUUCAAGCUAAAAUAGGCAGGCAUUUGAUGAGACAGACAACAUCAUUUGAACUUAUUCAGCUGGCCUGUGAAAUGGAGAUGAAGAAACACCAGGAGUUCAGCUGCCAGCUUGAGAACUUGGUAGAAUCUCUGAAGCAAAGCACUGAUGAGUUAGAGCAGAGGCUGCAGGCGAUCGCUGAGCAGAGUGAGCAGGCAAAGCCAAGGAGCACCAUUGGCCCAGAGGAUGCUUUGGCUUGCAGGCUGUAUCAGCUCCUGGAAGGAGGAAGUAAAAAACAACAGUUGUUUAAGACAUACAAAAGCCUGGAGCAGAUGGCUCAGAAGUUAAAGCAGGACUGUGCCACAGCAGAAGAUCAGCUGGCAGCAUCUGCUCGGGAGCAGUCUCUCCUUGUGGCCAGCCUGGAGGGCAAUGUGGAUGCCCUUCGUGCUGCUCUCUAUUGUGGGACAAAUCAGAUCCAGCUCCGGAGCCCAGAACUUACUGAGCAGUUUCACCAACUGGAAGUGCAUUUAGAUGAACUAAGUCGUCUCCUUAAGGAUCUGGCUGCAGAUCUGAAGUCAAAGAGAAGCUUUUUAGAGUCCAAUAGGCUGCUUCAGAUGGAAAGAGACUUGUAUGUGCAUUUUUUCAAAGAUGAAGAGCAGUUCAAAGAGAUGGUGGAGAGACUUGAGCAGCAGUCUCAGGCUAAAGCCAGUGGUCUGGAAGAUGAGAAUUUCACAAGCAGUGCAGUUCUUAAUGUCUAA